AUGGCAAGCAGGAUCUGCCGGAGCCGGGCACUGGCCUCGGCUGUUCGGGCGACGCGGCCGGGCCCACCGGCAGUGCAGAAGCAGGCCGGCGGCGCAGUCCGGUGUCUGUCGAACAGCAGCUCGAUGCAGAACUAUGUCGUCAAGCUGCCCAAGGAUGCGACCAACAUGCGGCAAGCACCGCGCGAGCCCAUUGGCACGCUGGAGGCGCCGGUGGUCAACCCUGCGGACAAGUUCGAUCUGAUGGCCGACAACAUGCACCGGUACGGGGCGUGGCUGAUGAGCGUGCUGCCCAAGUACGUGCAGCAGUUCUCGGUGUGGAAGGAUGAGUUGACCAUCUACAUCCCGCCGUCGGGCGUCAUCCCGGUCUUUACUUUUUUGAAGUACAACACGUCGGCCGAGUUCACGCAGAUCAGCGACAUCACGGCCGUGGACUUCCCGACGCGCGACCAGCGGUUCGAGAUUGUGUACAACCUGCUGAGCGUGCGGCACAACUCGCGGAUCCGGGUCAAGACGUAUGCAGAUGAGGCUUCGCCGGUGCCCAGCGUGACCAGCCUGUACGACGGUGCGAACUGGUACGAGCGUGAGGUGUACGACAUGUUCGGCGUCUUCUUCGUGGACCACCCGGACCUGCGGCGGAUCAUGACGGACUACGGAUUUGAGGGCCACCCGCUACGCAAGGACUUCCCGGUGACAGGCUACACGGAGCUUCGCUACGACGAGGAGAAGAAGCGCAUUGUGACGGAGCCACUGGAGCUGACGCAAGCGUUCCGCAACUUUGAGGGCGGCUCGAGCUCCUGGGAGCAGGUGGGCGCCGGCCUGGACAAGACGCCGGAGACGUUCAAGCUGCCGACACCGAAGCCAGAGGAGAAGAAGGAGGAGCCAAAGAAGUAG